CCCCAGCUUUCACCAUGCUGUGAUUGGCGAAGUCGUCUGCCUAUCAAGACAGAGGUUUGGGGGGGGUGCGCUGCUGCUGCCCGGGCCGGGGUCGUGAAGGGAGUUUGGAGCGACCAUUUGGACUGUGCGUGUGGGGCUGGGCUUGUCUCUGUUGGUCUCUCCUUCCCGUGCUUCGAAGCGUGCGGAGUUCUCUCUUCCUCUAUCCCCCACCCCUUUUGCAGGCUCCCUCAUGGAGACCGCCGCUCCCGCUCCCCCUGGCCCCGCGGCGGCCCCCUUCCCCCCACUUUUCCCCCCGGGGCUGCACGGUAUCUAUGGCGAGUGCCGGCGGCUGUACCCUGAACAGCCCAACCCCCUGCAGGUCACCGCCAUCAUCAAAUACUGGUUAGGUGGACCUGAUCCUCUGGACUACGUCAGUAUGUAUAGGAACUUGGGGAGUCCAUCCCUAAAUGUUCCAGAACAUUGGCACUAUGUAAGCUUUGGAUUAAGCGACUUGUAUGGUGAUAACAGAGUACACGAGUUUACUGGACCAGAUGGGCCGAGUGGUUUUGGAUUUGAACUGACAUUUCGGCUUAAGCGUGAAACAGGGGAAUCUGCACCACCUACAUGGCCAGCAGAGUUAAUGCAAGGAUUAGCUAGAUACGUCUUCCAAUCAGAAAAUACAUUUUGUAGUGGUGACCAUGUAUCGUGGCAUAGUCCAUUGGACAACAGCGAAUCUAGAAUCCAGCAUAUGCUGCUGACUGAAGAUCCACAAAUCCAGCCAGUUCAGACACCAUUUGGGGUGGUGACUUUUCUUCAGAUUGUUGGGGUCUGUACAGAGGAGCUUCAUGCAGCACAGCAGUGGAAUGGACAGGGUAUAUUGGAACUGCUUCGGACUGUUCCUGUAGCAGGAGGCCCAUGGUUGAUAACAGACAUGAGACGUGGAGAGACCAUAUUUGAGAUAGAUCCACACCUGCAACAGGACAGAGUUGAUAAAGGGAUUGAGACAGAUGGCUCGAACCUGAGUGGUGUCAGUGCUAAAUGUGCCUGGGAUGAUCUUAGCCGACCGCCAGAGGAUGAUGAAGACAGUAGAAGUAUCUGCAUUGGCACACAUCCCCGGCGAUUGUCUGGGAAAGAUACAGAGCAAAUACGGGAGACUCUGCGAAGAGGACUUGAGAUUAACAGCAAGCCUGUUCUCCCACCAAUUAACACUCAGAGACAGAAUGGGCUGAACAGUGACAGAGCUCCGAGUCGCAAAGACAGUCUAGAAAGUGAAAGCUCAGCAGCCAUUAUUCCUCAUGAGUUGAUUCGCACGAGACAGCUUGAGAGCGUGCAUCUGAAAUUCAACCAAGAAUCAGGAGCAUUAAUUCCACUUUGUUUAAGGGGCAGACUAUUACAUGGACGGCACUUUACAUAUAAAAGUAUUACAGGGGAUACAGCAAUCACUUUUGUAUCAACAGGAGUUGAAGGGGCGUUUGCUACAGAGGAGCAUCCAUAUGCAGCACAUGGACCCUGGUUACAAAUCCUGCUGACUGAAGAGUUUGUGGAAAGAAUGCUGGAAGACCUAGAAGAUCUGAAUUCUUCAGAGGAAUUCAAACUUCCAAAGGAAUAUAGUUGGCCUGAAAAGAAACUGAAAGUCUCCAUCUUGCCUGAUGCUGUAUUUGACAACCCACUCCAUUAAAGCCAACUGACACCCGCAAGCAACAACUUACUGCCCAGUGACUCAUGGGAUAAUUUAAUGCAGUAAAAGCUCUUCCUGCAAGUAAGAGAUGUUGCUGCAUAACCACUGCAAACAGCGGAGGGGUUACUCAACAGCAAUUCAGCCAGAACUAAACUGUCCCAGUACCUGGCUUUCUCCUCUUCCGGCAUGGCAGAACUUUGAAUCCCCUGCAUAUGAAUGAAUGCGAGAGUGAAACAAAGAGAGAGAAGUAUUUAACAAUGAAUACUAGUUGUAAGAAUUCCUUUUCCUAAUUUUAAGUGUCUCCAGAAGUCCCUGCAACCCUUAGCGUAGGGUUUUAAUCACACAUUUUUCAGGUGUACUCAUACAAUCCAUUUGAUGCAUUUUCUGUAACUCCAAAUUCUUCUGUUAGUUAAGCUUCUCCUGGCCAGAAUUCUUUGAGCAUGAUUUAUUGCUACUCCAGAGAGAGCAUGGUGUUUAUAUUUUAAACAUGCAUAUACACACACUCUCUAACUAAGAAAAUACUGAUCAGCCUUGAUGUCACACGAAGGACUGAGUUGGCAGGGGAAUCAUGGUCCCAUUGGCUAAACUGUAGUGGUGUUACAGAGGGCUAGCCUACCAGCCCAGAUAACUAAGUAUUUAAGCUGUCAUCUUAGAAUCUGGAUUCUGAAGCCUAUAAGCAUUCUAUUUAAAACUCAGUUGAGUUGCCCUAGGGAAGAGAUAUUGCUUGGGUUCUAUUUAGGAAAAAUAUUGGCAAAAAAGUUCUGUGAAACCCAAGCUUAUGUAUAUUUACUCAGAAGGAAACCCAACAGUGUUCACUGGGGAUUUACUGCCAGGUAAAUGUAUUGGAUUGUAGCAUUAAGCACCUUUCCAAAUGUGUUUUGGGCAAUAGGUCAAAAAUCAAUCCAGGUAUCUUCAAUAAUAAACAUAACUUACCUUUUUCAUAGUCA